GCACUUGUCCUUCAGGUCCUGAAGGCAGCUCCUAAAUUAGAGGACAGAGAAGAGUUCUCUGCUUCUAAGCAGUCUGCAAAAAUUUUUCCUUCUUCAGUGGAGAUCAGCUUUCUAACUCUAGAUAGAAGACUGCAAGAAAAGAGCACCACUGGAAAGCCUCUGAGCAUGAAUCAAACCACCCUGAAAAACAACUCAACUUUUCAUUCACUUUCUGCAUUAGAAGUUGUGACCCUCCCGGUACUGACAGUCAUCUGUGCCCUGGCAGGGCUGCCUGGAAACGUGGUUGUGCUCUGGCUCCUGGGCUUCCGUGUGAGCAGGAACCCCAUCUCAGUCUACAUCCUCAACCUGGCCACGUCGGACUUCCUUUACCUCUUCUGCCUUCUUGUAUUCUACCUAUGGGAACUCAGUGACUGCUUUGAUUUCAAGUACUACAUCUACAUACACGCUGUGGGGAUGUUGUCGUACACCAUGGGCCUGUUCAUGCUCAGUGCCAUUAGCGUUGAGCGUUGCCUUGCAGUCCUGUUCCCCAUCUGGUAUCACUGCCACCGCCCAAGACACAUGUCAGCUGUCAUGUGUGUCCUGCUGUGGGCCCUGUCCCUGCUGCUCACCAUGCUGCUACACGUCUCAUGUAGCUCUUUCUUUUCAAAGGAUGAGCUAUGCUUAAUAAUGCAUUCUGUCAUAGCCCCAUGUCUGAUAUUUGUAUUUGUUAUUCUCUGUGGGUCUAGUCUGACCUUGCUGGUCAGGAUGCUCUGCAGCUCCAGGAGGUUGCAACUGACCAGGCUGUAUGUGACCAUUGGGCUCACAGUGCUGUUCUUCCUCCUCUGUUGCCUGCCUGCAGGGAUCAUGUGGGCUUUGCAGGCCACAGUUGAUUUUCAAAUUCAGUUUUCAACCUUUACAGUUUUUGAGAGGACUGCUCAUUUGCUGUCUAGUAUUAACAGUGGUGUCAACCCCAUCAUUUACUUCUUUGUUGGAUCCUUUAGGCAGAAACAGAAACAGUGGCAGCAGAGGCAGCAUUCCCUGAAGUUGUUUCUCCAAAAUGCCUUGGAGGAUAUAGCUGAGGGAGAGAAAAGUAGAGAAAGUCCUCCUCAUAAAAGUGUAGAGAUGUUAGAACCUCCUUAACUCAAUGAUUCUAUAACUUCCAUCAGUUACUCAGAGAAGUAGUCCCUGUAAAAUAUUACAUAUAUAAUUGUGAAAGGUCACUGUGAUAUAGAGAAAAGUGGGUAUAGAUUUGUAAAGAAACAAAUAGAGAAUCUGCGCAUUUAUCUAUGUAUUGUAUGAGGCAGCUUUUACAUGUAACAGUAGUUGAAUAGUUGCAGUGCAGGCCACAUUACUGCAAAGAUUAAAAUAUUUACUAAUUCUGCCAUCUCUCACUCUGUGUGCAUGCAUGUGCGUGCACGCACAUGCACGCCCACUUGUACCCCUUCACAAAGGCACAUAUGAAUGCUUUUUGUAACACAACUGUAAGUUCUGAAUGCAUUACCUGUUAAGGGUGUUGUCUCUCUCUCUCUCUCUCUCUCUCUCUCUCUCUCUGGAGCUUCAAAUUUGCAGAAAGCUAGUACCAAUAAUCAUAAGCCAGGACUCAGGAAAACCAACUACACCCCUUUCCAGUGUCUCUCCCUGAAAAUUUGAUAUUAUGAGGGUUCUUUAGAUGCACUUGGCUCCUUUCAUCAAAGAGCUAAACAGACACCAGGUCCAGCAGCCAGAGAAGUUCAGAUGCUGACAAAGAGUAAGUAGCGUGGUUGUAGGACCAGCUGUUGGUUCAUGCCAAUGAGGCAGCCAACAGAGAAGCAGCAACAUGCGUGAGCAUCCUAGUACAUUUGCACCAACUAUAGCAAAUCUAAACUAUAUUGCUCCUGUUUCAAAUCCAGUCAUGAACUCUUGAUCCUCAACCAAACUAGAAACUUAACAAAAAAGAAAACUGGGGAAUGUAGUUAGUCUAGGUCAGCUGACACUUUCAAAUAAUCCAUUUAUUCUUUGUCAACUUGGCGACUUUUUACCCUCUUUAUAUCAUAGACAAUUCAAAAUAAAGAAAAUGGCAAGGCUCUCUCUGUUUUGGUAUAACUACCCAAUGUAUACUCCAAAGCAUACCAUUUCCCCAAGAAAUAAUAUAUCUUGCCCAUGAAAAUAACAAUAUAUAU